UUUUUGCUUGUUAAUUCUAGUUACAAGUUGUAACUUGAUUCUUGUUCUUGUUACUGUUCUUUUUUAUUCUUAGCCGCCUUUCCCCAUGGCUAAAUUUGAAUUUGAAGGUUUGAGUUUCCCUCAUGCCGUUCUUAAUAGUCUAUUACCUUUUCGUCUAGUCAUUGACCUGGGAAAUAAAAAGGACCAUGUGCUUGUCAGUUCGCCCAAGUCCACCACACAAAUUGAGCCAGUCAAACCAAAGGAACAACCGACUCGUAAAAGAUCAAGUUGUCGAAAAUCUACUUGCCCUCCUAUCUUGACAUCCAGACCUGAGAAAAAACGUGCCGAUAAAAACAAUGACAGUGAUUGUGACAGUGACAGUGACGUUAAUUUAUGGUCUGAUGCUUAUUCAGAUUCAACGAUUGGUGAGGACUUCACUGAUGACGAAAUUGAUGCAAACAAACGCUCUGGUGCAAUAUUAAAAGGAGAUAAAGAAAAGGUCACCAGAAAAAGAGUCAAGAAAAGUGAAGCUUCACUCUCUAAACCAAGCGUCCAACAAAUUAUAGAAAAUGAUUUAUUUUUGCAACUUCAACCAAGAGUUCAUAUUUUAAGACUACCAAGUUUCAUGGUUAACUCAGAUGACAAAGCUGCUGAUUUGGAACAAGUCUACAAGGUUUUUGAAACCAAUCUGUUCAGAGAUAUAGAUUGUGUAGCUCGCUACAGUGAAAGACGAAAUAAUUUUGAUUAUGACGAUGACUUUAUUCCAAAUAUAUUGCCUUCUCAGCAAUUAUCUAAUCCAAGGAAGCGAGGGAUUCUUGAACUCGGUUCUGAUGAUGAUGAUGACGAUGAUGACAAGGAUAUGAAAGAUGCUGGCGGUAGCAGUAAUAACUUGCCGGCGGUUGAAAAGAAAAGAGCCAGAAUGUCUUCAUCGAAGCCAAGGAAACGAGUUGUGGUUGCCGACUCUGAUGAUUCAGAAUCAGAUGAUAUGUUUGAUGACGAAGAUGAUGGCGAAAUUAUGUUAGAUAGUGAUGAUUAUGAAGAAAAUGAUGAUGAAAAUGAGCUUACUGAAGGACGUGAAACUUUGUCCGAUACAGAGGCAAUGUUUAAGAAGAAACGCAAACGUAAAUUUGCUAGAAGAAAACGUUACUCUAUGAUAACUUUAUCUUCUGACGAUGAACAAGUUGAUAUUUCUGAAGUCAUCGAAGAAGAACCUGUACCAGAUCAAGAUGCACCAAUUUCGAGUCAAAAAUCUGACCGUAAAGAAAUCCGGAGAGUUCUUUCGGAAGCUGAGCUUGAGAAAGCAACCAAAGAAGCUACUUCAAAAGAAAGGAAAAGGAUGGAGAGAAUCAAUGAGAUGAUUAAGCAAUAUGAUAAAAUUUUACCAGCAAUUGAAAAUGAAAGAAAAGAAAAGCCCCUUAUUUUGGAUAUUGAUAUAAAAACUAAAAAAGUUCGUGUGGAGGUUACCCAAAAACUUGUCAAGGAUUUGAAACCUCACCAGUUUGAAGGAUUGAAGUUCUUGUAUUAUUCAACGAUUGAAAGUAUUGAAAAAAUAACUGAAGAAGGUUCUGGUUGUAUUCUUGCUCACUGUAUGGGCUUAGGAAAGACUCUUCAAGUGAUAACAUUUGUCCAAACUCUUCUCUCAAACGAAUAUACUAAUAAACAAAUCCGGACAAUUUUGAUCGCUGUGCCGGUCAAUACCCUUAAAAAUUGGUCCGAGGAGUUUGACAAAUGGAUUACUAGAAAGCGUUUAAGGACCUUCAAUAUUUAUGAAAUGGUCGAUGAGUGCGAUACUAAGAGUCGUGCUCAUUUGUUAUGUACUUGGAAAAAAGAAGGUGGUGUUAUGAUUAUUGGGUUGCCGAUUUUUGCCUCUUUAAUGAGCCUUAGAGAUGCUAAAAAGAAAAAUGCAACACUGUCAGUUAUCAAAGCAAUUGAAGAUUAUCUUUCUGACCCUGGUCCAGAUUUAUUGAUAAUCGAUGAAGGUCAUCUUCUUAAAAACACUUGUACCAGACUCUGUAAAUCUGUGGAAAAAGUCAAAACUAAAAGGAAAAUUAUGUUAACAGGAACACCUUUACAAAAUAAUCUUGAUGAAUAUCGCACAAUGAUCAACAUAAUCAAGCCCAGACUUUUAGGAUCUGCAAAAGAGUUUGCUAAUAGGUUUCGUAAUCCGAUUGAAAAUGGUCAAAAAGCUGACUCAAACGCAAGAGACGUAAGCCUUAUGAAAAAAAGAGCUAUGAUUCUCCAUAAACUUCUCGAUGGAUGUAUACAAAGAUUUGGCCAUGAUACUUUAAAGCCCUUUCUACAACCCAAACUAGAAUAUGCCCUUUAUAUUCGCCCCAGUAUUUGUAUGGCUAAAAUGUAUAAUUAUUAUCUUGAUCAUUCAUCGGGACGUGCUCUUUUAUGGGAUGCUACAGUCCUUCGUCUUUGUAUCAAUCAUCCAGCUCUCUAUUAUAUGGCCGAGAAAACUUUAGCAGCCAAAGCUUCAAAGGUGAAAAAAGUGCAAUUACCUGCUGAUUUGAGGCCUAUUGGUAAAAACUCAAACUCAAAACCUGAAUCUAAUCAAUCUCAAACCAUUCCAAAUGUAAACCAACAAACUGAAUCUGGUGAAGCUUCAACUUCCAGCAAUUCAAACAAUCCUGUGCCUUCAUCCACCGAACCACUUUCAAAUGUUGAAAAUAAUGAUAAAGUGGUGGAUAAAAUACCUACUGAUGUUGAUCCCGAAACAGAAGAAAGCAACAAUAAGGUUAAAAAAGAUUGGUUCAAGCAAUUUGUCGGUCCCGAUGAUUGGAAAGUUAUUAAUUUGAGUGGAAAACUAGUUAUGUUAUUCAAAAUUUUGAAAAAAUGUAUUGCUAUUGGAGAAAAAUUACUUGUUGUUAGUCAAUCCUUGGAAACUCUUGAUCUCAUCGAAAAGUGUCUUAAGCUUAACAAUGAAGUUGUUAUCAAUAAUGCGAGAACAGUCUUGCAAUGGGUCAAGGGUAAAAAUUAUUUUCGUAUUGAUGGUAAAACCGAAUGUUUCGAGCGUACUUCCCAAGUAAACCAUUUCAACAACCCAGAAAAUACUGAUGCCAAACUAUUUCUGCUGUCUACUAAAGCUGGUGGUGUUGGUAUCAACUUAUUCGGUGCUACAAGGUGUAUUAUUUUUGAUGUUUCAUGGAAUCCUAGUGAUGAUAUUCAAGCAAUCUUUCGCAUUUAUCGACUUGGCCAGUCUAAACCUGUGUAUGUUUACCGUUUUGUUGCAAAAGAUUCUAUGGAAGAAAAAAUUUUUCGUAAACAAAUUGUUAAACUUGGUAUGGCCAUUCGUGUCCUUGACAAAGCACAAGUGAAAAGAAAUUUCAAAACUGCCGAGCUUAGAGAAUUUUACACUACACGACCAAAUGUGCAUUACGAUAUUCCUGUCCUUAAUGUGCCUCAAGAUCAUCUUUUAGCUGACUUACUGUGCUCUGACAAUAACGAAAUAUUAGAUUGUACAGUAUUCGACUCAUUGUUAGAAAAGAAACCAGAAGAGGAUCUCACGGAAGAUGAACGUCAAGCUGCUUGGGCUGAAUAUCAGAAGGAAAGAGAUGCAGAAAUUCAGGCCGCCGAAGAGCGGAAACAGCAAAUGGAAGAAGAGAGGAAAAAAGCUGAGAAAGAGGCCGCUUUAAUAGAAGCAGCUAAACUAAGUCGUCUUGCAGAAGAAGCAAAACAGAAAAUAAACCAGCAAGAUAGAGCAAAGAACUCAUUAGCAGCUGCAGCAUUAGCGUCUGCUCCGGUACUUGCUUCAACGUCUACUUCAGUGCCUACUCCAGUGCUUAAUUCAGUGCCUAGUUCAUCGUCUACAUCAGUAUCCAUUCCAAGGUCUACACAAAAUGGAGCAUCAGUCUCUUCACCAGCAACACCAGGUCCAUCAAGAUCAACAUCAGGUAACGCCAGCAUAAAGGAUAAUGAACGAUCAAUAAAUGUCAUAGCUAAUAGGUUAAGUCAAAGUUUGACUGCUGUAAACAGUUCAAAUACACAGGCUACGCCCACUAUCUCCCAAGUUGCGCCUAAUCUUAUUCUCGCCAGAAAAAGAGGAACAUUCGCAUACAAACAUGUGGCUAGAGCUCGUCCUGCAAUACCUAACACCCGAACUCGUGUAAAUCGGUCUUUAAAAGCAAUGGAAACAAUUGAAGAAAAAAGAAGAAAGGAAGAAGAAGCAACUGUCAAUGCUAUUAACCAGGCAUUGCCCCGUAAAAGGGGUCGACCACCAGCGGAUCAUGCUUCAUCAUCAACAUCAGCUCCUCCGAAAAAACAACCGAACAAUGAAAGAAGUGUUGGAUCAAGGGAAGAUAGCAAUCGAAAUGUCCAGAAUAAUGAUCUUCGUCCUUAUAGCUACCAUUAUCCGCUCAAUAACUCUAAUAUUAAUUAUAAUCCCGCCAUUAUGGAUCCGAUUCCUCUAGCAACUCCUACACUUAGACAACAAGGACCUUACAGCAAUUUGAAUCAAAGGCAAGGAAAUCAAGGAUAUCCUAACCCUCAAAUUAUGCAGCGAGUUCAAAAUUCGAACUAUCAGCCACCGCCACAAGCCCAUUCAACCACUAAGUCACAUUCAUCAAAUACUCAGUCUGAGAAUAGACACCACCAAAGCACUGGUAUACCAUCGCAUGGACAUUCAUCUGAACCUAGUUCAGCGCACAGUCAACAUUCAUCUUCGUCUUCCAAUUUCCAGAAUUAUCAAUAUCAAACCUCACCUCCACCAUCUCAACACACUAUACCGCCACCUUACACGUCUAAUCCAUUUAACUUCCGUUCUCAAGAUCAUAAUCCAUCCCAGAAUUAUCCAAGCCAGCGUGCUCAUUCUAAUGGUAACCCAUCUUCUCUUGAUUUUAUUGAUCAAUUCGUUUCUACUGAUGCAAUUUUGUCUGAUUCAUUAUUAGAACCGAAUAGUUCAUCUAUACCUUCAAUUAUCGAUAAUGUAUCUACUUCAACCAAUCAACUGAUGAGCUCUAAUUUUUCAGAACAAGUUACAGACUCUACGGAAUCUGAUGAACUUUUUCUUAGUCAACUUUCAGAUAUCAAUUUAACUAAUUGUUCGCUUAGUGAGUUAAUAAGGAAAUUGUUGUCUUUAGACGAAAAAUUUGAUCCUAAAGACCCUAAUCUUCCUGAAUACACCAUUCAAUUGAUUGAAAAAAUUCGAUCAAUUUUAACCAAGAAGAAAGAAAAACUGGACGAGAAAUCUCGUGUCGACCUUCUUACAGAGACCGAGAUUAUCGAAAGGAUAACAUGUGGCCAAAGUUUAAAUAACCUAGAAAAGCGAGUCGAUGAUAUUUUAAAUAAUCCAACAAGUACAGAUUGUCAUAAUUUAUAAAUGUGCAAAUAAUUACAUUUUUACUGAAAAUAAAUAUCUUUUAUAUUGAUU